AUGGAGAGCAAACACAGUACCUUACACCUCUACACGCCUAUCAGGGAGAGGAGCAGUGUGUCUUUCUCACUCAGCAGGGACCCCACCUCCCACUUCAAAGCACCACUGAAGAUGUCCAGUCUGGGAUGGACCUUUAGCUGCAGAGAGAAGGGGCUAAAACACGACAAAGCAACCCUCAGUGAUCGUAAAGAUGACUUUUCAGAGACCGACUGGCUUUCUGGGCUGAUACCAAACAUGGGAAACCAGCAGGGGAACAAGAUCAAGAACAAGAAAUUAGCAGAACAUGAGCCAUUUACAUCGCAAAUAUUUAAGAAAAGACGGAGAGCGAAGGAUAGAGACGGAUUGAACAGUUUUCAUGUCAAAAUGGCGUUGUCGAAUCCACUCAAAGUAAGAAAACAGAACGAGGCCCUCCAGAGGCAGGAGGAGGAAUGGCAGCAGGAGGCGGAGGACUGCCUGUGCCUGUCUCAUCCCAGCAGACCCCAGCACGUGGACUUUUUACACCUCACUGCGCUCGAAGAGGAAGAAGACAUCAGCCCCGCACCCUCCCCUUCACCACCGCCGCCACCGCCCACACCUCCUCCCUCACUGUCCUGCGAGCCAGGGUCUGAAAAAAAUUGUGAAUUUGAGAUGAAAGAAAACUUUGAACCAGCUUUUGAAGAAGAAAAAAUCCAAAAAACAUCCCAAGAUUUACCAAUAGAACAACCCAAAACUCCAGUGUCAAAUAUUGUUAUUCACUCAUCUCGUACGUCAAAUGAACCACAUCCAGGAUCAACUUUAACCAGAGGGACCUUUUCUCCAUCUGGGUCUCCCACUGAUACGCAACCCCAACUUCCAGCUCUGUUCAGUGGCCUAAGGGUGCUACGGAAAGGCGUUGUCGGACCAGAUCAUGACACUAUUUCCCAGCUUAAACCCAUAUCGCAAAGUAGCAAAACACAAGGCAAUUUCCUAGACCAAAUCUCUCAGUUUUUAAACCGUGAAAAGCAAGAAGAAGAAGAAGGAGCAGAGUCGAAACAAAAUGAAUCGAACAAUAUCGCAGAGACGAGGUCCAGUGCUGACGCAGUAUUCGAUGCGUUCAAGGCGUUCUUCACUCCCAAACCUUUGAAGAAAGAUCCCUCAGAGAAACAGGACCUAGAAGCAGUGAAGAGGAGGAUCAGGAAUGAGAGAGAGCAACUGAAAGCUUUAUUUGAGAACAUUGACAAGACGGAGGAGGAUGAUGGCAAAUCAGAAAGGCCCGCUGAUGCAGAGGACAGGACCCCGGGUCGUCUACAAGCCGUCUGGCCUCCGCUACAAGAAGAGGAGAAAGUGGGUCUGAAGUACACAGAAGCAGAGCACCAAGCAGCACUUUUGCAGCUGAAGAGAGAAUGCAAAGACGAUUUGGAGAAAUUACAGGAGGACUACGCUGAGGAGCUGUGCAGGCUGAAGGAGGAGAGCGAUGUCAGCGUGGCUCGACUUGAAUUCACCAUAAUCGAGCUGCAGUCCCGCCUCUCCCAGUCCGAAUCCCGUCGCCAUGGCGAUGUCCGGGAUGCUUCAGUUUCCACGGGAGACGACGCUCCACAUAAAUCAUUUCAUGACAUUUGCAUCCAGACAGACCAUGAGACCUUUGUGAUGAUAAGCGACAAUGAAGAUGGAACAAAUAAUCUGCAGAAAGUUGAACCUCAGAAGUUGGACAUUGAUUUGAUCAGCUCAAGGUUGUCCGGACAGAAUGAAGACCACUCCUCACGCAAUCACAAAAGUUUUACUGGACACUUAAUCAACGAUCGUCUCCCUUUAAACUCAAAUUCAGAAAACAUACCACCUCCUCCUCGUGUCCCCCCUCCAGCUCCCCCUUUGCCCCAGUCAGGCAUAGGUCUGCUCCUUCCUCCGCCGCCUUUGCCCUUUGGAUGUGUCGACAAAGCUCCCAGAAAACCCACAGUAGAACCAUCACGGCCCAUGAAGCCACUGUACUGGACAAGGAUUCAAAUACAGGACGACAAUAAGGAAACAGUAUGGAGCACUUUGGAGGAACCCAACAUCAACACGUGUGAUUUUGAAGAUCUCUUUGCCAAAACCACCACACAGAUGAAGAGGAAGCCACUGUCAGAGACCUACGGGAAGAAAAUUAAGACCAGAAAGAUUGUGAAGCUGUUGGACGGGAAGCGCUCUCAGGCCGUGGGCAUCCUCAUCUCCAGCCUGCAUCUGGACAUGAAGGACAUACAGCGCGCUGUUCUGACUGUGGAUCAUUCCGUUGUGGACUUGGACACCAUUGAAGCUCUCUAUGAAAAUAGAGCACAGCCCGAUGAACUUGGAAGAAUAAAGCAACAUUAUGAGAAUUCUAACGAGGAGGAAAUUAAACUACUGGACAAGCCCGAACAGUUUCUCUAUGAGCUGUCCCAGAUCCCAGAUUUUGCCGGUAGAGCCCAGUGCAUUAUCUUCCAGUCUGCAUUUCUAGAUGGCAUAGCUUCCAUACAACGCAAGCUGCGCACUGUUUCAUCUGUCUGUGAGGUCUUGUUGGAGAGGGAGAGUGUGAAGCAGAUCAUGGGCCUGGUGUUGGCAUUGGGGAACCACAUGAACGGAGGCAGCAGGACCAGAGGCCAGGCUGACGGGUUUGGACUGGAAAUCCUCCCCAAACUCAAAGAUGUCAAAAGCAGGGAUAAUCGCAUCAGUUUAGGGGAUUAUGUGGUGUCUUACUAUCUACGUAAUGUGGACAAGAACGCUGGGACAGACAAUAGCGUGUUCCCUCUGCCAGAACCUCAGGACGUGUUCUUGGCGGCUCAGGUGAAGUUUGAGGAGCUCCACAAAGACCUGAGACAACUGGCCCGAGACCUCACACAGUGUGAGAAAAACAUCCAAAAAGUCUGCACGAAUUCCCCAGAGGAGCACCUGCAGCCGUUUAAAGAUAAGAUGGAGGCAUUUGUUCUUAAUGCGAGGAAAGAGCACGGUGAAGCCUCCUAUCAGCUAAUAACAAAUGAGAAAAGUUUCCAGGAUUUGGUGGUGUACUUUGGUCUGCAGCCCAAAGCAGGAGACAGUGAGGUGACCACCAGCUACUUCUUCAUGCUCUGGUUUGAGUUUUGUGCUGACUUCAAGGCCAGAUGGAAGAGGGAGAGCAAAAACAUCUCCAAAGAGAGGUUGAAGGAUGCCCAGCUGUCAGUGAAGAGGAUCACAGGAGAGAAGAAAGUGGAGACCAGAAAGAUCAACCCAAACAGCUUGAAAGAGCGUCUGCGCCAAAAGGAAGCCAACCUGUCUUCUAUUUAA